UUUAAAAAUUUAAUCGACCUAAAUAUUUGUGUUGAUGGACUUCGAAGAGCUCUUCCCGCCACUGGUGCCUCUGGACGAGGCUACCAAGGAAGAAUUCGGCUCUGUGGACAUCAGCGCUGAUGAUAUACUCUUGCCUCCGCUGGAGAAGGCUGUAGAUGACGGCAUUUACCGCGCAUUAAGGCGUUGGAACGAAGGAGACUCGGCGUUGACGGACAAAGCGCUGCCGUACGCCGAGCGAAUUAAGAAAUACCAGCGUAUCGCUGCUCUCGCAUUACAAAGUGAUGGGUCGCUCAUUGUUGAAGAGGAAGUGGAGGACGAGGAAACCGAGUCGGAGGGAGAGCAGCCGCAAGAGGAAGACAGAGCAGCGGUUGUGGCCAAGCAGAAGGCGGCCACUGCGGCGAUGAGACAGAAGAGAAAGGAACGCAAGAAGUUAGAGAAGGAAAUGGAGAAAGAAAGAGUGAGAUUUGAUACAGUAUUUGAAGAACUGGACGAUAUUGACAGCUUGAGAGCACAGAGAGCGCCCAGCGAACGGCUUCAGAAGUUCGUAGACACAUUUAAGAUCAAGAAGAGACGAUUGGCGCAGAAGAGGUCAAUGGCGAAUACGAUCACAGCCAUGUGCUUUGAGUUCGCACGACCGAUGCCGGAUGUGCAUGGGCAAGAGGACAAUGAGGAAGAACAGAAAGCGAAGGAGAAGGUGGACAAGCACGACGUUCCAAAAGACAACGACCCGAUUCUGUGGUUCGACGUGCUGCAUCCGAGCAAGGACCCAGCGAAGACGCAGUCGUUCCUAGUACGACGCUCUCAGAGGAUUUCUGAGCUUGUAGAUCUGAUUGUCUGUGCGAAUGACGAGAGGUUAAGCGGACACGCGAAAGCGUCAAAGCUCGUGUACUUUGGUCAGCAAUUCUUUGUGGAUCGACGCGUUCGUGGGAGUCUGGACUACUCCGAGCAGAUUAUUCGCUGGAUUCGAGCUAAGCCUGAGCGUCAGGCGAAGUUCGGUGCAUUUACUGAUAAUGCUCGAGCACAUCGGAGUCUCCACGCGUCAACUUUUGCUGAUCUGGAGCUCCACGUCGACGUACCGGGUGUGUACAUUCAUCAAGGAGAGUGUGAACACCUGCUACGGCUUCGAGAUGCGCGACUACCGCAUGAACUUGACGCUCCGAAGAGCGCUGGUAUAUUCCCUUUACGUUUACCGAAUCCGCUGAAUCGCCCGCUGCGCAACUGCUUGAUCUGUCAGAAUUACAGCGCCAAGUAUGUGUGUUAUGGUGAUCGAAUGGCAGUGGUAGACCCCAUGUUCUUCUGCAACCGCUGCUACCGUGCCGCUCACUACGACGCUAACGGUAACCUGCUCUACAACGACUUCUUGAGCUUCCCGUUCAUCCAAGACUAGCCUUCAUCAUACUCAUAAUUUAAAGUGGCUGAAUCCUGUUACGGGAACUUGUCGUGUGCGCCGUAGUCGUUGUUGGCUGUCCGCGAGGCCUUGGAGAACUUGGUUAGAGCCAGAACGCCAAUACUACACGAAGCACUGACAACGAACAUCAUGUCGAAGUAUCGAUGGAACACGUUAAACUCAAUUUCCCCCAGCACUUCGUCGAUUCGCUGUCUGCAAACAAUAACGCGCUGUUAGAGUCCGAGUUACAGUUACAGAUCGCCCCCUAAUCGUUACCGUACCGAUGUAGAGGACUGAGGUUCAUCCGCAUGAGGACGAAAGACGACACGAAGUACAUCCCCAUGAGGUGGGCCAGCCAAAGCACGACACUAUUAGAGGAGACAGUGCUCGAAUAGGUGCGAAAGAACUUGAGCAACGUCACAAGGAAGCCUCUGGUCUGCGUGAACACGAGAAUCCCCACAAAACCCAGUGAAGCGACCUCCGAUACGAAGCGGAUGUUCAGCUGUUCCGCAAGUGAUGGCCAGAUAUACAGCAGCUUCUCUACUGCAUCCGUGAUCGGAUCCUUGUCGCGAUUCCUCCGGAAGACCACGUUCACUGUGCUCAUAACCAUCUUGUACACGCAGAAGGCAGACAUGACGUAGCCGAAGAAGUUGAACACGCGGCCCCGGAACGUCCUCGCUCGCAGCGAUCUGGCCUGCACAUCUCUCAGGUCAUUCACCUCCAAGAACAGCUCGCGUCCGAGACUCUCCAGUGUCAAGAUCUCCGCUUCAAGUCCCUUAAUAUACGUGGUGUCGUCCUGUUUCGAUGACCAGAAGCUGAACGCGCGAGCAAAGAUCGAACGCUUCUUGUUCCUGCUUGCAAAAGCCUCAUCCUGUCGUCUCGCCGACGCACGUACCUCUAACAUCAGUCGCUUCUUCUUAGCGAUCAGGAUAUCCAGAUUAUGACGCAGCCUUUUCUCUAAGAACUCGAUGUCUUCCUCAGCUACUCGUCGCCAGAAGAACGUCAUGUACUCGUACGGACAGUUAACUGCACCAAAGCCAGACAGCAGCGCCAUAAACACCACACCUAGCAGACUCACGCGACUCACGAAAUUGCGAAUAGAGAACAGCGCUGGGAUUAACAGCACCAAACAACAAUGGCACCCGAAUCAGUACUGAAACCUUACAUCCUAGCACCAUUUUCGCUUAGAAUCCGAACAUCAACGCACCUUCAACUGACUGACGAGGUAGAUCCGGUUCAAGCACUCCACCAAGUCUCCAGAAGCCGUAAAGGUAGAAUAACAGCAGCGUGCAUGCUGUCAUCGCUGCUUGUCGUCUUUCCACGCCGUACUCCCUUGCCAUCGCGUAGAAUAGUGAGACCGGCAACACCAGCACCACUAGAUAGGUCAUGGCAAUGAGAUCUACACGCCAUACCCAUUGGCGACUGCCCACGUGCAUCACAUCCGUCACUUCAAACAGAACCAUCUGAAAAAUGCUCAGUGAGAAGGUCAGGGAGGCUGCGAAGAGCAGCGGAGUGGCGGCACUGCGCACGGCAUAGUCACGGAACAGCCACCAGGAGAAGAAGAACCGAGCGAAUAAGAAGAAGAGCAGCCAGCUGCCCAGCGCCAAGGCCGCGUCGGAAGGUGGCAGUGCCCACAGCGACAGCAGUGUGACUUGUGCCAUAGCUAGAUUGUAAGAACGUCUAGUGUAAAGCUCAGAUAACAGUGGACCCAAUUAAAAUGUCUGCUAACACAAUGCC